AAAUGAAUCAAACCAGACCUUUUUCCCCUGUUCUUCUCUCAAGCCAUUUAGCAAGAGAUCAGGCACAAGUCAGGAUCAGAAGUGUUUCUCCAGACGUAACUGCUGUUAAGAGAGGCAUGAUCAACAAUUCCCCAAUGGGGUAUUCACCAGUCCUUAGUAGACAUAGUGAUGCCGGAAAGGAAGUAAAGGAUAUUAAGAGGUGCACCACUAGGCAGAAUAAUGGCAGUAAAAGGAAAAAGCAAAGAAUACGCAAGCAAAAAUCGAAAAAUAAGCUAAAACCUAAGGAAAUCACUCAGAAAGAUAAAGCUGAGUAUUUUUAUGGACCUUAUCGGUCAGAUUAUUAUCUCGAGAAUCGGUCUAAUUUUAUCUGUAGUCCUGAGGGAGCUUGGGGGCAGAUCACAGAGAUUAUUACCAAUAAAGAUUCAGGAUCUUAUGAUGUACUUCUUGAGAGUAUUAAGAAGCAUACUGAGUGAAAGACCAAGAAAACCAAAUGCUCUAGUAAUGUCCUGAAGAAUGCGAAGAGAAUAGUUUCCUCUCCUUUUUUGGCUCCUUAUGCCAAGAAAACUUUUGAUAAGACCCAACUUGGAAUCACAAAUGAGAUAAACAAGAUGAAAAUGUUCAGGUCACUGUCAUCCAUGAAAGAUAGGAGGAAUAAUUUGCAGAAUGCACAUAGAUUAAUCCAAAACAGAAGUGAUCUUAGCUUAAAGCUUGAAAGUUGUCUACCUGAUGAUACUCCUCAUGGUGAAGCUUUGGACAGAUUUAAUACUAUAAGUCCAGAAAAAUAAAUUGAUGCCAAUGGGAGAAAUCGAUCAGAUAAUCAAAGAAAUGGAAGAUGAAGAUAAUGAUGAUAAUAUUCAGAAUAUAUCGAAAGAAAUCAAAGACUGAGAUAAUGAAGAGAAAAAUUUGCUGCAAAUUAACAACUCAAACACCUUAGAAUUACCAAAUGAUUACUUCAACCAAGAUGAGGAGUCUAUCAGCUCCUCAACUUCAACCGAUAGUGAUGAAGACGACGAGCAUAUCGACCCUUUGCCAACCCCUUCUGGGAAGGAUAAUCAGUCUGAAUUUAACCCGAGGCCAAGUAUUCUGAAUAUGAUUAAAACACAAAGUAGAGGAACUGUCUUCAGAAAUUUCAAAAAGAAAUCAAGUCUGAAGAGGAACAAUAUUUUCAAAAGAUACUCAGGCUUUGUUCCUCCUAAGAACAGGCUCAGCAGAUUUUCGAAAGCUUCUCAGAGAAAGAGCAAGAAGCCCUCUCGUGGAGGAUCUAGCACAAGUAUGACCAUUAUUAAGAGGUCUGAGUCUAAGCAUAUUGUCAAGCCUUCUCUAUUCGCAAGGAGACAAAGUUUUACUAAAGAAAACCUUUCCCUGAUAAUUGAGGGCGAGAAACCUGCGAGGAGAUAUAGCUACGAGAAGCACUUGAGAAAGAUCCAGAUCAAGAAAAACUACAGGAAGAAGACUAAUAACUUCAAGAUGAGAAAGAAGAAUAGCUUCCAAUUGAUGAUAGAUAACUUGAAAUCAAUGGUAAAGAGAGAGACUCCAGUCCCAAAAGAAAACCCUGUUUGAUUAUAUAAGAAGAGGGAAAGCAUAAUUCCUUCUGCGUUAAUAUCCAACUUAAUUCUUGACAAAAAGCCUAUUAAAGGUACAAAGAUGGAUAAAAGAUACACUAUUAAUGUAUUUUCAGAAGAAAGAUCAAAUUUUAAUAAAAUAACUGCUUUCCAUGACCAUUUAAUCUCCCAGUCAAACUCUCGGAACAAAUCGAACACUUCAAGAUUUGACAAAGUCUCUGGAUAUAGUGACAACAGCAUCCCGACUCCUUCUCCAAACGACCACAAAAGAAUUUCAGGCACUUCUCAUCUCUAACCCUUAGGCUUUCACUCUGUAGGUCGUUCUGAUAUCGAAAUAAUCAACGAAGACAUUGAAUUACACAAUGAAAAUCACAUCACUCGCUCUAAGAACCCCAACUCCAGACCAAAGCCCGCUCCAAAAUCAAGCUCAAGGGUCCGCCCACGUCCAAAUCCUAAAGCCCAGAAGUCCACCAGCUCCAUUCUCAGUCAGAACCGUGCGCACAUGAAGCAGAUGCCUUCAAUCGACCCUCUGGCCAGGAACGGGACUGCCAAUAAGAACUAUGUGUAUACUUCCUUCAUGAAAUUUUAGGUUCAAGUACAAGGUAAAUGAAGGUGUAGUAGAGAUUGGAAAUUUAUGGGCUUUGAGGCAGAAGAAUGAUAGACUAAGUCUAAUCCCUUUAAUAAAUGUUAAAAAAGAUGAUUAUCAUGUGUAUAAAGAUAAAGUAAGGGUUUAAUUAAUGAUUAAAACUAGGAAAAUGUUUUCUUUUAUUCUUUAAGUCUCCAAAAAUUACUGAAAGCAUCUUUACUCAUUAAGUUAUCAAAUUUUAUCCUAGUAACUUCUUUUCCCCAUUAAUACACUCCUCUAAACCCUAUAAAACCUUUAAUACCAUCCAAAGCCUACAGCCAACCCUCUUAAACAAGUUCAUCAAAAAUCCAAAAGUCUUAGCUCCCAGUACCAAACCCCGAGUGCAGAAGAGAAAUCAGUGUAUUAAGGUCAAGAAUUUGAAGAGAAUCAGGAAUUUUGGAGGAGGUAAUGGGUGAAGGAAGGCUCAGAGUCCUGUUCCAUGUGCAA